CAGAUCAGUACUCCCUGAGAAAGGGGGAUACAGUGAAUAUAACUGCAAACAGGAGAGGCUCUUCUGUAGCAGUUUUCUGAACUUGUAAUGGAUCGCUGGAAAGGCAGGGUUGCUCUUGUCACUGGAACUUCGGUGGGAAUCGGAGCUGCAAUCGCAAAGUCUCUUGUCCAGCAUGGCAUGAAGGUGGUCGGCUGUGCCAGAAAUGUGGAGCAAAUUGAGAAACUGGCAGCAGAAUGUGUCAGUAGUAGAUUCAGUGGCACUCUGAUCCCAUAUAAAUGUGAUCUGUCUGUAGAAGACGACAUGUUAUCCAUGUUCUCCUGGAUCAAAGUUCAGCACCAGGGUGUUGAUGUGUGCAUUAAUAAUGCAGGUUUGGCUCUCCCAGAGCCUCUGUUGAGCGGGAAAACCAGUGGCUGGAGGACUAUGAUGGAUGUGCAUGUCAUUGGCCUGUCAGUGUGCACCCGAGAGGCUUACCAGUCCAUGAAAGAAAGAAAAGUUGAUGAUGGUCAUAUCAUUAAUAUUAAUGGUAUGUGUGGACAUCGCGUCCUCCACAACGCUGAUUUACACUUCUACACUGCUACCAAAUAUGCAGUGACGGCUCUCACAGAGGGUCUCCGGCAAGAGUUACGAGAGGCCAAGACCCACAUACGUGCCACAGCUAUAUCUCCUGGCUUAGUGGAGACGGAGUUAACCAACCGGCUCUUUAGUCAAAACCCAGAAAAGGCUGCUGCUACCUAUAAAAGCAUAAAGUGCCUGCAAGCAACUGACGUCGCAAACGCAGUGGUGUAUGUCCUGAGUGCUCCUCCUCAUGUUCAAAUUGGUGACAUUCAGAUGAGGCCUGUGGAGCAGCUGACAUAAACUGAACAGGGAAACAGGAUGAAGCAUCUCUUUAAUAAACAUUGUGAAAGUUUGCAGACAAUAAAAGAUCACAAGAAUGUUGUAAAUAA